AUGCGACCAGCGCUCAGGCAAGUCAGGACGCUGCUGAACCAUGAAGCCUCGAUACCACUCUUCCUCUGUCCCGCAUUGCUCAGAGCGCCUACAAUCGCACCUCGCCGCCGAAUACCUCAGAAACAAACUCCAAGAACAUACUCGACUCUCGUUACUCCUCAAGAACAACUCAACGCCACUGUCCCCCCCACCGACACUGCCCAUGUCCCGUCUAGUGAAACUCGAGUAGAUGCCUCUUCAACCCCGAGACAACUGCCCCGAGCAUGCCCAGGGUGCGGUGCGCCGAGUCAGAUAUACGACAAGAAGGAAGCUGGCUUCUACGACGUAGACAGGAAUGCGAUACGGGAAUAUCUGGACUGGGUCCCAAACAGGCCAAAAGAGGCGACUGUUGAGGACGACAUCUAUGCGAAGGCGCUCAAGAAUGUAAAGCCCGAGCUGCUGGGAGAACUAGGUCUUCAGGGUCAGAGCACCGAGACGCCGGAAGAUCAGGAACCACCUGCCACGCCGGUAUGCGACCGGUGCCAUAAACUCCUCCACCACCGCGUGGGGUCGCCUAUACAUCACCCGACCGUCGACUCCAUACAGCAAACGAUCGCAGAGUCGCCCCACCGCCGCAAUCACAUCUAUCAUGUCGUUGAUGCCGCCGAUUUCCCGCUGUCCAUAGUCCCCAACCUCCAAUCGUCCCUGCGAAUACCCAAACUUCGAACCCAGAACAGACGAGCAAAACACAAGGGAUGGGUGGCCAAUGAUCGCAUUGCAGAGGUCAGCUUCAUCAUCACAAGGGCUGACUUGCUUGCGCCGAAGAAAGAGCAGGUGGAUGUCUUGAUGCCAUAUGUCCGAGACGUGCUUCGAGAUGCGCUGGGACGACAGAAUGCAAACGCGCGGUUGGGCAACGUGCGGCUCGUGAGCGCAAAGCGAGGAUGGUGGACCAAACAAGUCAAGGAAGAUAUAUGGGAGCGUGGAGGUGCAGGUUGGAUGGUCGGCAAGGUCAACGUAGGAAAGUCGAACCUCUUUGAAGCCGUCUUUCCCAAAGGACGAGGAGCAGAUUACCAAGACGUGCGCAAGAUUCGGAGUGCAGCCGAGCGUGAAGCAAUGAUCAACAACGCAAAGACACUGGAGGAACUCACGCAGGUGCAUCAACAGCUUGCUGAAGAAGAUGCUGAGACAGAACGGCUAAAGAACAAACCUCAGGAACACCUCCAUCAGCCUCCUGCAGAACUCGAGGAACAACCUGACGAGGAAGAGCUCGACCCUGACGCGCUCCUUCCACCACCUCAACCAUACACUCCAUACCCCGUUCUUCCAAUCGCCUCCUCCCUUCCUGGAACAACCGCGUCACCAAUUCGCAUCCCCUUUGGCAACAACAGAGGCGAGCUCAUCGAUCUCCCCGGUCUUGCACGCACAACGCCAGGUCUAGAGACGUUUGUCCAGCCCACCGCACACGACGACCUUGUCAUGACGCAACGCAUAAACUCGGAACGCUACACUCUCAAACCAGGCCAAUCUUUGAUCCUCGGGGGUGGACUGAUACGCAUCACACCCGUAACUCCCGACUUGGUCUUCCUCGUCCACCCCUUCGUUCCCAUCCACCCUCACGUAACUCGCACCGAAAAAGCCAUAGACUACCAAGCCCAAACCUCCGACCGCCAACUCCAAGUCCCACCCAUACUCGCCCCCAACGUAGGUCCUAAGAUGAAUUCCGCCGGCAAAUUCCAGCUCAAAUGGGACGCUACCAAGAAACUCGCUGGCCCCGUCACUUCCCCCAUGGCCGGCAAGAUGAAACCCGAGAACCUGCCGUUCCGCGUUUGGAGCACGGAUAUCUUAGUAGAGGGCGUAGGUUGGAUAGAAGUCUCAGCCCAAACUCGCAGACCACAAGGAUGGAAACCCUCUGGUCUGGCCAAGAAAGAUCCCAAUCAAGCCAAAUUCGACCGCAUUACACGUCUCAAAGAGGAAGAAGAGCGGAAGAAUAGAAAGUUUGCGGCCAUUGCUCGCGCGGGGAAGGAAGGUAGGGAUCCGGAAGAGGUGCUCGAGGAAGAGUUUUAUGACGACGAUAUGAAGGAUCGGAUGGCGGAGUGGGAGGAGGAUUACCCAGAGGUGGAGGUGUUCAGUCCGCUGGGCAAGUUUGUGGGACAGAGGAGACCCAUGUGUGCGAGUAUGGUCAGUGGGCCCAAGUAUGUGGCUAGUAGGGAUAGGAAGGUUAGGCCUAGGAGGAGUAUGGUUAGUGUGAAGAAGCAGAGGAAGCCUCAGGGUGGUGAGUAG